AUGGUAGGUUCGGACGCGUUCAUGGGCUGCCCCAUCGGGAGGUCCAAGUCCAAGCUCACAAGCACGGGGUCCCCCACAUCACGACACACGGGCGGAUUGCUACAAACACGGCAUCUGAAUGGCUGGUCGUCGGUAUCGGACGAGACUCGGAGGGACGCCGACGGGGGCAGUCAGUCAGAUGCACGUGACGAGACGGCAGAACACGACGAGAAGGAGCUGGGCACGGCAUUUCAGAGCUCAGAGCGGCCAAACUCCCGACAUGCAAUAUCAAACAUCACAUUAUCAGCGGAGCGAAACGAAAUGUCAAGGCACCUGACAGGUGGCUGGCCUGCCCCCCGAGCACACACGCCCCCCUCGCCGGCGCAAAAAACGUAA